CAGACAGCAGAGCUGCGAUGGAGUUUGGAUCUGUGGGGGAAGUGGGGAUUGGCAGGCUGUUUAAUUUUAUUUUUUGUGUAAUAUAUGGCAGGAUUUCCUAGAGCCCUGGAUAGGUGCCCUCUUAAUUUUUGUACAAUACUAAAGAAACAACAACUAGUUUGGCCCUGUAUAUUUUAUACAUGCAUAAAUAAUUUAUCCAUAGCUAGAAUUUAUGACAUCACUAGAGUAACAAAAACCGUGUAUGUCACAGCCAUGGUGUCGCUUCACUACUGCAACAUUCUAGAACUUCACUCUACACUGUAACCAAGUAUUUAUCAUGUCUUUAGAACUAUCCUGGACUGAGUACAACAUUACAUUUCCAGGUUUAACUUACUCCAUCUAGAUUCAUGGCUACAAACACUUCAGAAAAAGAAGACAAAUUUAAUGUUAUGUUUGAUAUGGCAGUUGCGCUAAUAUCCACUGACAAAAAAACCUUCAGUCCUGAAAAAUCAGAUAAAAAGCUUUCAUCCGUUUCUUUAAUGCUGGACCAGAACAUACCAGGAGAUUUACCUAUAAAGGACAUUUUGGAAGAACAUGCUUAUGAAGUGCAAGAAGAUGCCAGCUUCUCCAAAAAACUGCAUUGCUGUACCUGUAACCAACGUAAAGUUGAAACAGGCGAGAUAAAUGUACUUCUUUCUCUCUCCUUUCCCAAAAAACUGUGGAAGAUAGUAGAAAGUGAUGAGUUCACGUCUAUUAGUUGGAAUGAUCAUGGAGAUUGUGUCAUUAUAGAUGAAAUCUGCUUUCAGAGAGAAAUCUUAGACCGAAGAGGCAUCUUAAGGAUUUUUGAUACUGAUAGCAUAAAAAGCUUCAUUCGACAACUCAACCUCUACGGAUUCAGUAAAAUACGUAAAAAUAUCACUUUGCCUCACUUUCAAGCAGAGAAAAACAGAACCAGAGCAAGAAUACUGCUGUAUCACAAUCCAUAUUUUAGAAGAGGGUGCCCCUUUCUCAUUCAGAGAAUGAAGAGAAGAGUUGGCAUCAAAAGUAAUGAACAGCCAAAUCCCAUCAGUCCUAACUUGAAGAGAAGAAAGCCAACCGCGCCAAAGAAAUAUAUUUCCUUUCAAGAUUCAAUUCAGCCAAAUGAUUUGCAAAUACCUUGUCUAAAAGAAACAAUGCAUAACAAUCUACAAAAGAAUUCAAUAAAUGCAGGGAAUGGCAAAAUGAACCAUUCCUAUCCAGUCUCUACACCAUGGCCUUUGGAAACUGAAACUGAAUACACUAUUCAAGAUGGUAUUUAUAACCAGCAAAGAAAUCCAUGUAUGGAUACUAAUGCCACCAGCUCAAUUUGUCCAUAUUUUCCUCUGACUUCAGAAACAGGGCUUGAACCCUCAGUGGGACUCCAUCGUUUACCUUCAACUUACCAGGACUUUGUGUUCAUGAAUGCUCAGUUUACUACUUUAAUGUCCUUUUGGAACCCCUGGUUUUCAAUGUUGAUGGCAGCAACUUUGACAGAAACUCUCAACCAACAAUUUACUUCUCCAGGUCAGCCAUGUUCUUUAUGCAACUGCUAUGAUAACACUGAGCCUUCUGCCAGCUGUGAUUCUGCAAACUCAAAUUCUGCAGAACUCUUGUGACUGACAAAUUACAGUUUAUAAUGGCUGAAGCAGAUCAUGUCUUUUUAAAAUAAUAUACAAUUAAACUGGUUAAAAAGUCUAAGUAAUAGGAGUAUUUAUUUCUUCUCUACACUUAAGUUUCCCAGGUAGUCAGCAUAAACAAGGCUGAGCUAGAGAUUCUUAAAAAUGCAUGCUUCCACCCACCAGAUGUAAAACAAGUCAAGCAGUAGUAUGCUAACAGAUCUUUUAGACAUAGGGAUCAUAUACCCCAAUCCUGGCACUCAGAACUUCACAGGACUGGGUCCCGUCUGUAGAAAUCCAUUUCUUUGGCAUGAUUCCCAGUGAAGGUUUAAGGGGAAAAGAUCUAAUUAUCUGUAAACUUCUUGUAUUUGUACUAGUACUUUACAACUAUUAUUUAAAAAAAAAACAUAUAGAACCUCAAAAAGUAAGUUUCCAUUUUGUAGCCACAACAUUAACUCCCUGAAGUAUUACAUUCAGUUCACUUCAGUGCCAGAAAAGAUACUGACAAAUUGGCGAGAGUUCAGAGAACUAUAAUAAUUAUAGGGAUUGGCUUAUCAGGAACAAUUAUAAAAGGCCUGUAUAAAAAAAAAAGCCAAGAAAAAAAAAAACAAAGCGGAGGAGGAAAGCAUAUUUGAAGUGUGUAAGCACCUCAGAUGGAGAAUUAUUUAGGGAAAUUCCAAGAGGGAAACUAGAAUCAACAGGAUGAAGUUAAAAAAGGGGAAAAUGUACACUGACUAUCAAAAAAAUAUUCCUGGCAGUGAGAUCUCUCUCACUGUAUAAUACUUUUCAGUUGAGCUGGUGGAAGCCACCUGGGAACAUAUAAAGCUGUGUAGAUAAACCAUUAGCAAAUGUACUCCAGGGAAGAAUUCUGUUCUGGCCAUCGGGGGAUAGACUGGAUUUCUGAAUAGGUCUCUUUUAUUUUUAAUUCCAAGCAGUCCAGAAUUCUGUGACAAUUU